AUGUCCGACUUUGUCGGUAGCGCACGGUAUCUCUUCCGAGUAUUUAACGAUAAAGUCACGAUUUCACUACGAGAACAUUCGUGUUUCAGGACGUUACUUGGUUUCGACAACUUCCAAGAAAGGCGCAAAGCGGCAACAGAGAGUCGAACUUUGACGAUCAAGAAGAUUUUCCGAUCACCUUCGAUGCUAGCAUCUACAUCGAGUGGCCAGUUUUUGGCAGGAAAGCAACAGACUCUUCCGGAAAUUUCCAUUACAUUAUCGAUUUUGUCUAUUUUUCAGACGUUGAGUGUGACUCAUUAUCCACCGCACAGCAUGUGUCACCAAAUGGAACACCCACCAGACAAGUGUAAAGUAAAAGUUGACGAUGUCAUUGCCGAAGUGGAAAAGUACAUAUGUAUUUGCUGUUACAAUAAUCUAUUUUGUGCGAGCUCUGAUGAAGAAGUAGCCGAUCUCUCACUACAGGAUCGAAUUCGAUCGUUGAACUGGGUAACAGCCGGAUUUCUCGAAACUAAGCUCGAUUUUAGUCGACAAGCAGUUCGAAAUCUUCUUGAUGAUGCUAUUGCGGAAAUGAUCGAUAUUAACAGUCAUAGACGAUCGGAUGAGAAGCUGGAAUGCCUUGUUAGGUGCUCGCAUAAGAUUUUCGAAGCUCUGAAAGAGAGUGGUGCUCCAACAAGUGCUGAUGAGUUUCUUCCGGUAUUGAUUUAUGUACUCUUGAAAGGCAAUCCACCUUUGAUCCAGUCGAAUGUAAAAUUUAUCAGUCGCUUCGCGCUGCCUUCUCGGAUUAUGAGCGGUGAAUCUGGGUACUUUUUCACGAACCUAUCGUGUGCUCUCCAAUUCGUUCAAGAUAUGAACUAUGCGAGUCUCAAAAUGGAGCGUUCUGAAUUCGAAGCGUACACAUCUGGGGAUCUCGUGCCACCGUUGAACAUGAUGAAUUGUGGCUGUAACCAGGCUCUCGGUUCAAUGGAAGAGUCGUUAGUCCGAGUGCGAGAACUAAUUGAACGUCAGCAUGCGCUAUCGAGUAGGAUCGACGAGAUUGAGAGGAGACUUAGUUUUGAGGGAGCUGAAAUGGCUGAAGAGUUUCGAAAAGUCAUGGCCACGUAUCCUUCUCAAGAAUAUCAAAAGCUCAAGGAACAGAUCGCUCGUGAAGAGAAGGAGACAAUGGAGGUGUGCUCGCUGACGUCGAUGUUAUCAAGAUCGAGUAGAUCAAGUGGAGAAUCAGAAGAACCGAUAAAAGAACAAGCUACCAACACUGCUGCCGAGUAA